AGCGCCCUUUUCCCAACUCAAAGCCUUCGACGUCCAAUCCUUUCGCCUCUCACUUCCGAACCAUGCGCGAGCUGGUGCACGUUCAGGGAGGCCAAUGUGGAAACCAGAUCGGUGCAAAGUUCUGGGAAGUGAUUGCCGAUGAGCAUGGUAUCGAUCCCACAGGUACCUACCAUGGGGAUAGCGAUUUGCAACUCGAGCGCAUCAACGUGUACUUCAACGAAGCCACCGGUGGUCGCUACGUGCCCCGCGCCGUGUUGAUGGACCUGGAGCCGGGUACUAUGGACAGCGUCCGCGCGGGGCCCUUCGGACAGCUCUUCCGGCCGGACAACUUCGUCUUCGGGCAGACUGGAGCAGGCAACAACUGGGCCAAAGGACACUACACUGAGGGGGCCGAACUCAUUGAUAGUGUUUUGGAUGUCGUGCGCAAGGAGGCCGAGGGAUGCGAUUGCCUCCAGGGGUUUCAGCUUUGCCAUUCCUUAGGAGGAGGCACCGGUGCGGGCAUGGGCACGCUUUUGAUCUCCAAGGUGCGCGAGGAAUAUCCAGAUCGCAUCAUGGAGACGUUCUCUGUGAUCCCAUCGCCCAAGGUCUCAGACACCGUGGUGGAGCCAUAUAAUGCAGUCUUGAGCUUUCACCAGCUGGUGGAGAACUCUGAUGAGUCCUUCCUUUUGGACAACGAGGCCUUGUACGAUAUUUGCUUCCGCACCUUGAAGCUGACCACCCCGACCUAUGGAGACCUGAACCACUUGGUCUCGGCGGCCAUGAGCGGCGUCACCUGUGGCCUGCGCUUCCCCGGGCAGCUGAACUGCGACCUUCGGAAGAUCGCGGUGAAUUUGGUGCCCUUCCCCCGGCUGCACUUCUUCAUGACGGGAUUUGCGCCCUUGACCUCCCGGGGAUCUCAGCAGUACCGUGCACUCACCGUGCCAGAGCUCACCCAGCAAAUGUUCGACGCGAAGAACAUGAUGUGCGCGGCGGAUCCUCGUCACGGCCGUUACCUCACCGCUGCUGCCCUUUUCCGAGGGCGUAUGUCGACCAAGGAGGUCGAUGAGCAGAUGUUGAACGUGCAGAACAAGAACUCCUCCUACUUCGUGGAGUGGAUUCCCAACAACAUCAAGGCUUCAGUCUGUGACAUUCCUCCCAAAGGAUUGAAGAUGGCCGUGGCCUUUGCUGGGAAUUCCACCGCGAUUCAGGAGAUGUUCAAGCGAGUGGCCGAAUACUUCACUGCCAUGUUUCGUCGUAAGGCGUUCCUGCACUGGUACACUGGUGAAGGUAUGGAUGAGAUGGAGUUUACCGAAGCGGAGUCCAACAUGAACGACCUGGUCUCUGAGUACCAGCAGUACCAAGAUGCAACUGCCGAGGAGGAGGGCGAAUUCGAUGAGGAAGAGGGCGAAUACGACGGCUGAGCCUCCCGAAGGAGGACGCUGACGCUGAGCAUCGCGUUUGGCCGUUCAAACGCGCCAGAUCCUCAGGUGGUGCGGCUUGUCUUUUUUGCUGUUUUUUUUUUAAGUUGUCGGC